AUGGACUUCAAGUCGAUCAAUUUGAAAUUCAAGAGACCCUUCCUACGAAAAAGAUAUCCUCUUUCGUCGAUCCCGCCGGAGAUCGUGGGAAUCAUCUUCACCUUCCUGCCACUGCCAGACCAGAUAUGCCUGUCCCUGAGCUGCCGGUGUCUCUACAGCUGCUUCAAACUCUUUCUCAAGAGCCAGAAUAAGGAAAUUCCGAAGCUUCUGCCCCCUCAAGACCGGCCAAUCCUGUGCCUGAAGGACUCCGCCGACAAGAACCUCCGAAUCCAACUUCUCCGCCAGCUCGAGAAUCGCCAAUGGAGAUACUGCAGCGGCUGCUGGUUUCUUCAUCCCCCCUCGGCAUGGAAGAGCCCCGGUCCCACCAAACCAAGAUUAUCUCCGUAUCGGUAUAAUUGUGGAAAGUGGCAUAGUCGACGAUCCUGCAUGCCCUACGCUGGGGAAGUGGAUCUGUGUCCCUGUCUGAGAAUCUCUUUUCAUGAUAAGACACACUUGAUAAUGACCAUCAAGUCUGCCAGAGAAGGAAGGGGAGGAGGGGGAGGAGAAGAAGGAGGAGGGUAUUAUAACGGUAUUCUGCGCCAUCCAGAGAUAGAAUCCGGAUAUAACUUUCUCAGACAUAUAUGUACCUUCACCCAACAUCCAUCUGCACACGUUAAACUCCAGACAACAUUGUCGGUGCAGGCGAAAACGGAGAGUUUAUGGGUCUCCUCCCGGUACUACUUCACUGUCAAGGAUUCACAGCAGAUGCUGGCCGGUUCGUUUUGGGUAAAAGACCCAGGGACUUGGCUGGAGCAGUUCUUCACUGCCGCCGGCUCAACCUUCUACGGAUGGCAGAAGAAGCAUAACAUAUUCUGUAGAGGUGGCCACUGGGAAACAUGCGCGAAAAGAACCGCCGAUCCCCGUGUUUUUGAGCUCAUCGUCGAACGCAAUCUGGGAAAUGGCAACUGGCCAAAUAAACAGUGGGAUCGAAACCGGAACUGA